UUUCAAGUUUGACGAGAAACGUAAAUCAUACCAACGAUUCUUCUCGAAAUUUCCUGCGCCUCUCCUCCGUGUUCGUUCUGUUCUCCCUUCGUCGUCUUCGAAAUCGAUCCAGGUUAAGGAUGUCUAGAGCUACAUACAUAAUCGGUGCCCUUGCUGGAUCUGCGGUAGUGGCUUACGUGUGUGACAAAGUUAUUUCUGAUAAUAAGCUUUUCGGAGGUACUACACCGGGAACUGUUUCUAACAAGGAAUGGUGGGCUGCCACUGAAGAGAAAUUCCAAGCAUGGCCAAGAGUUGCUGGUCCUCCUGUCGUGAUGAACCCUAUCAGUCGCCAGAAUUUCAUCGUCAAGUCACGUCCUGAAUAACUUUUGAGAGAGUGCUUUUGCUUCUGGUGCAUCGUUCUCAUUCGUUAUGGAUUCAUUACAAAUAUUUGCUCUUUUGUGUUUGCUUUGAGGAUCGGCUAAUUGCUCUAGCUGGUUAUGGUAAUAAUUUGUGUUGAUGGAUAACACAUUAUUCGGAUUAAGCUUUUCCCGAUGCAUAACUUUUGUAAGGUUUCUUGAUUUUAACGAUAAAUGAAAUCGAUCCAACAAGACUUAAUUAAACUUUAAACA